AAACUUUCUCAAUAAAUAAUAUCAGAAUCUGAACUUUUAAAUCUCGUAAAUCUUAAAUUAAAGUUACGUCAAAUAUAUAUCAAACAUGAUCUUAAAUAUGUCACGUAGAAAGUUUCAAUUAAAAAAAUAAUUUAAAAAAGGUAGUUCACCUUUUUUUUUUUUUUUUUUUUUUUAGAUAAGGUAGUUGAUAUUUUUGAGGUUCAAAAAGAUCACUUUUAACCACCACCACCGACAACAAUGGCUUCAAUUCCUUGUACUACUACUACUUCCAUUACUCUAAACUUAACUAAUUCUUGUUUAUCAAGAUCCAAUAAUUUGUGUACUAGAGUAAAAUUGAAUUCUUGUUUUAUUGGUGGUGUUUCAAGAAUUGGAAGAUGGUGUAAGGUAGCUAGGGAGUUAGGACCAAGUUGUGGUUCAAGAACAACAUGUUGGUUUAAUUUCAGACAGAAUGCUGAGACUGCUGGAGUUUAUGGGAGUCAAAAUCGUGAUGAUUUUGAUAGAGAUGAUGUUGAACAGUACUUCAACUACAUGGGCAUGCUUGCAGUCGAAGGAACGUAUGACAAGAUGGAGGCACUUUUGAGCCAAAACAUACAUCCUGUCGAUAUUUUACUGCUGCUGGCUUCCACUGAAGGCGACCUGCCAAAAAUCGAAGAGCUACUAAGAGCCGGAGCAGAUUAUACUGUCAAAGAUGCAGAUGGACGUACUGCUCUUGAAAGGGCUGCUAACGAUGACAUCAAAAACUUCAUCGUUAACUUUAAAGCCCAAAAGGCGUAAGAGUAUCAAGUUUUGUUAUUAGCAUUAGUUUUGCUCAUCUUCUUGUUAUCGCCGUAUUUUUAGAUCAACGCUAUUUUACCAUAUUUGUCCUGAGCCGGGGGUCUGUCGGAAUAUACUGGGUGGUAUGGUCAGGAAUACACUGGGUGGUUGUUGUUGUUGUUGCCAUUUUACCAUAUGUGAGCUUAUGUUAUGUAUCUGUUUUGGGAGCUUUGCAUGCUUCAGAAUGUAUUUUGUCCAACUACUUAUAAAGUUUGCUUUGCUGGUGAA